AUGAAUGAGACUACAAACAAGAACAAACAGCUGCCAUCCCUCCUGCAGUCGUCAUUGCCACCCCACCAAGCAGCACAACAUAUCUGCUUCCGCAGUGCGCGACACAGACUCAGGGUCCGGGUCCAACAGGACACGUCCACCGAUGAGGAGUGGACAUCCCAUGACUCCUACCACAGUGGCCAGCUCUUCUUCCGCUUUGCUCCCAAUACUUUCCCGCUCUACGUCCGCAACCUGAUCCACACCCUCCCCCGCCGGUGGCCGCAUCGAACCCACGCAGACCUCCCGCGGGAAGAUCGCUUGCAUAGAAAUAAAACCGACUACGCGUACGUAUACAUCGGUAGCGCGUCGGAUCCGGAGCACAGUCAAUCUCCAAUCUUCGGGUUCCAAUACAACCCCAAUUUGAGGCACGAGCAUAACGAGGAAUACAUUGCACAAGGACUAGCAGCAUUGCGGCUAUCCCGCGAGCGGCUCCGGCGUUCUGUUGCUUUUGCUCCUUAUUCCCGGCACCGGCAGCGAGAGGAUGGUGACCCCCGACCAACAUCGCAAUCAUCUAGGGACCAGGAGCGAAAGGAAGAGACUUGUCAUCAAGCAUUCGAGGUUAUGGUACCAGCUCCUCGACGCUGGGCUAGUCCAGGCUUCCAAGAAUAUUCCCCUCGUCGUGGAGUAGUGACCUCCGCGGAGAAUGAAAGACCGGGCGACUGGAGACGGCAACUCACAGAGGAGGCAUUUGCGCCAUUCAUUGAAUCGUUUCCUGUGGCACUUUGA